AUGGAUGGGUUGAUUGAUUUCGAGAAUGAUCGUGGCUCCCAUUUGGAUCCUGCCGUAGCUACUCCCGGUCUUCGUGGCCUUCUAUUUCCGAGCUCCGGGACUGGAUCUUCC